AUGCGCGCCCAUUCUCUUAUCUUCCGGCAGAUUAUUCGAGAUCUCCAUUUGGAUUUAAUCUACGGACUGAAUACCCAUGUGCACGCUGACCACAUCACAGGCACUGGUGUUUUAAAAAGCGCAUUUCCUGGUAUGAAAUCGGUGUUAUCGGUGCAUUCAGGCGGCAAAGCUGAUCAUUUUGUCAAAGACGGUGAUAAGAUCAAAUUUGGUCAUGAGAGCCUUGAAGUGCGCACCACACCUGGACAUACAGACGGCUGCGUCAGCUUUGUUUCCCAUGCUCAUCGAAUGGUGUUCACUGGUGAUGCGCUACUAAUAAGAGCCUGUGGAAGAACAGAUUUUCAACAAGGAAACCCUCGCACAUUGUACCGUUCGGUAUGGGAAAAAAUUUUCACACUUCCAGAUGAUUUUAUGGUAUAUGUUGGCCACAAUUACAGCGGACUCCUUCAAACAUCAAUCGAUGAAGAGAAACGUCUCAACCCAAGAUUAACAAAGUCUGAGGACGAAUUUGUACAAAUAAUGGAGAAUCUACAUCUGGAGUACCCUAAACAAAUUGGUAGGUAA